AUGCUACGACGGCUCUUCCUCUUGGCUCUUGGCUCGCGCCUUACGGCUGGGGGUAUCAUCGUGUCAAUCGGCACCGUCGCGCCUCUGCCGUUGGCCAAGCCUGGUGCCGUUUCCGUUUCAUCCAGCACGGAGCUCUUCCAGAGGAGCUGCCCCGAAGAGGUCGAUUUUGAACAGGGGGGGAGGAACGCGACGGUUCUCUUGUCGGGAAACGCACUCUUUAGCAUGAACGACGAAAAAGCUCCUAGCGACGGCGCCAUCUUUCCAUCAUCCGACAGCCUCAUUCGUGGGACGAUGGAAGCUUGGACGCAACACCAGCACCUCGUCCUUCGACCGGAUAUUAUUUGGUUCGAGGUUCUGGCCCAGCUCAACUUGUACAUGACAAAGCACACCGACGAAAUUCGACGGUUGUUUGUGGAGUUUGAAGGACCGAGAGAGGUUCUCGUGCGGGGGCUGAGCCGACGGGAGGUGCUCGAGGGACUCGAGCGCGCGCUCCGAAGCAGGGUCAAGGCGGACUGGCUGCUCGACUGGAUCUCGCCCGAUUUCAGCACGACGACGGAGAACGACAAGCUGACGGCCAAUGUCUUGACCGUCGGUCGCGUGCAGCGCCACGUUCAUUUCCACGGCGGCAUCGUCUGCGGCCUGCCAUCAGUCCAGCUUCUCGGCCGGAGGCAAGAUUGGCUGAAGCUGCGGCGGAAGCUGGAAAGGCUCAAGGAGUUUGGCGCCGAGCCGAGAUCCUACUAUGGGAAGCUGGAGCCGAUAUUCCAAGGCUUCGUGCAAACGUGGGACGAUCCCGAGAGCGACGACGUCAAAGACUUUUGGUUGCAGAUUGUACGGGCCAACAGAGGCGAUUCAUGCGGCAUGAGGUCGGGGGACUACCGAAUGUCGGGCUGGAUCACCGGCUUCUUACACUGGAAGCAAGACGGUAGCGUCCAGGACGCUCAAGGUGCGAUCCAAGCCUCGGGCGGCGAUGUCAAGCUCGACAGCAUGACCUACAUGUCGCGUAGCCUCGAUGGGAUCCCCGUCGGCUACGCCAAGGUGCCCGUCAAGUUGCUCGAUCAUCCUCUCCAAGGCCUCGACACGAAUGCCUUUGUGCUCGGCGGCAACAUUGGCGUGCGGCGGACAGAGACGAGCGCCGAAGGCACGAGCGCCGACGGGCGGAAGGGGGUGCUCGCCCAGCCUCUGAGUGCCUGGUUCCUCUACGAGGCCGUCGAGCAGGAGGAGACGAGGGGCCUUGGAGGCUACGGCAGCAUGAGAGAGUUGUAUGACAUCAGGGAUGCCCUGAGCAAGAGCGAGAGCUGUCUGGCGAAAUACCCGCACGUCGCCCUUAACGUGACGAAGUCGUGA